UGAUAAGAUAAAUCGAAUUAAGAAUUAACAAUGCGUAUAUUUGUUUAGUCUUUAAUAUGUUAAGCAUAGUACUUGUUGUUCUCUUUGCUUCUCUCUUGUACCUCUACGGAACGAGAAGUUUUAAGUACUGGGUGGAGCGAGGCGUGAAACAUGACAAGCCUUUGCCGUUAUUUGGCAACGCGCUAGACAAGUUCCUUCAGAGGAUCAGCCUGUGUGACCUGUAUUCCGAGACCUACAGAAAAUACCCCAACGAGAAAUUCGUAGGACUGUACUUGGCCAAUAAUCCAAAGUUAAUUCUACGAGACCCUGAACUUAUUAAGCACGUCUUGAUAGCUGAUUUUCAGCAUUUUCAUCCUCGUGGAAUCCUGCCAGCGGAGAAUGAUCUCGAGCCAAUGUUUAGGAAUAUUUUCUUUGCCGAUGGGGAUUUGUGGAAACUUUUGAGGCAGCGGCUGACUCCGGCAUUUACAUCUGGCAAGUUGAAAGCCAUGUUUACGCUGAUCGUUGAAAGAGCUGAAAAACUGCAGGCCAUAGCUGUUGAUGCGGCCAAGCCAGGCGUUGACGUAGAUAUAAGAGACCUGAUGGCGAGGUAUACGACUGACCUUAUAGGAGCAUGCGGUUUUGGCAUAGAUUCUGAUAGCCUGAUGGACAAAAACUCUACGUUCCGACAACUUGGAAAGCGGUCUUUCAAAAGAACAAAGCGAGAUGGUUUCGUGGCUAUGCUGAAAUUUAUAGCACCCAAGCUUUUCAGAAAACUUCACUUCUUAGCACCUGAAAUAGAACUAUAUACGAUGUCAAUAGUGAGAGAUAUACUCGAAAAGCGGAAUUAUAUGCCUGUGGGACGAAAUGACUUUGUAGAUUUACUUCUAGAAUUAAAACAAAAAGGGGCGAUGGUUGGAGAGUCUUUGGAAAAACGAAAUCCUGAUGGAACUCCAGAGAAGAUACAGUUAGAGUUAGAUUUAACAUUGAUGGCUUCCCAGAUACUAGUUUUCUUCAUAGCGGGAUUUGACACGUCAUCCUCAGCCAGCAGUUACUUGCUGCAUCAGCUCGCCUUCCACUCUGAUGCGCAGGAGAAAUGUCAGGAGGAGAUAGAUGAAGUACUGAGCCGACACGGGAGGUUAUGCUUCGAAGCUGUUGAAGAGCUAAAGUAUUUGAAAAUGUGUUUCAGAGAAGCUAUGCGUAUGUUUCCACCCAUCGGUUACCUGAUGAGGCGGUGCACCGAGCGUUACACGUUCCCGGGAACCAACCUAACCAUUGACAAGGGUAUCGGCGUCGUGAUACCUAUACACGCUAUGCAGAAUGAUGAACAAUACUUUAUUGAUCCAAGUGAGUUCAGGCCGGAGCGGUUCAGUCCUGAAAACGUGAGCAGUAUUCCAAAUCACGUGUUCCUGCCUUUCGGACAGGGACCCAGGGCGUGCAUAGGUGAGCGUCUAGGCAUGCUGCAGUCCCUGGCAGGAGUGGCAGCGCUACUGCAGCGUUGCUCUGUGGAACCAGGACCCACCACUGUUGGAACUCCCCUCACAGAUCCUACUUCCACAAUUACUCAACUUAUAUGCGGGGGCCUGCCGCUGGCAAUACGAGUCAGGAAUCCUCAGGAUGACAGAAAAUGAAAUAA